AUGGAGUACCCUGGAGGGCGCUGGGAGCAAGAGAAUUUUAAUUUAAGCCCGAGUAAUAUAUUGGCGUCCAUGAAAAGGGCUGAUCCGGAGAACAAAUCGUGUCAGAAACAAGUUUACAAUGCUGUCAGUAAGGUGCGUGCCCAGAAAAGAGAAGGUCGGACCCCGAUGAAUAAUUUCAUCCAUUUACUCAGGCAAUUGAACUACAUGUACGACGUUCGGACUGCUGAUGAAUCUUCCGAACUUGGAGAUAUUGUUUUCUGCCACCCGGCUUCUUUUGUGAUGGUGAAUGCAUAUCCGGAAGUCAUGAUGAUUGAUUGUACGUACAACACCAAUGAGUAUGACAUGCCUCUACUAGAAGUGGUCGGUGCAACAAGUACGGACAAAACGUUCACUAUCGCCUACGCAUUCAUGCGAAAUGAGAGACAAGAAAACUACAGGUUUGUGUUACAGUUUAUCCGUACUUUGUUCGUUAGCCAAGUGACACCUAAUGUCAUUGUAACAGACCGAGAUUACGCCUUGAUGCAUGCUGUCGAGUAUGUUUUCCCGGAAUCCAGGCAUCAUUUGUGUCGCCGUCACAUUGAGCAAUGCGUGCUACAACGAGCACUGCAGCAACCUGGUUUUUUAAAAGAGGCGGCAGAAGGAUUUAAAUUUCGUUGGAAUUGGGCGAUAAGUGCACCGACCAUAGAUGACUUUAAUGAUAGAUGGGGACGUCUGGCAGCACAUUACUCGAGUUGGGGAGCAUUGCUGAACUACUGCAUUGACACAUGGAUUAGUCUGCAUUCCCAAAAAAUCCUGUCAGCUUACAUCGACCAUUAUUUUCACUUCGGAAGCUACACAACAAAUAGGGUCGAAGGAGAAGAUCAUCGCGUCAAACGACAUUUAGAUGGUGGUCGGUACACAUUCGAUACCAUACUGGAGAAACUUCACAAGGUGAUGGAAGGCCAAAUCUGUGAGAUUAAGAAAGUAGCGAGAGUUAACGCUACUAAAUCCAACACAGACACCCUUGGAGAUACGUUGUUUGUUAAUCUGAACAGAUCAAUCACGUUUAAAGCAUUCGGCCUCAUAAGGAAAGAAAUGCAAGUUUUACAAGAAAUGGGUCAGGAUCCAACAACGUGUGAUAUUCAGUUUCUAAUAUUUCCUAAUGAUGCCGCGGAUGGAUCCCCGACUCCACCAAAUCCAGUGAGGAGGGCGUUGUUCGAAGAAGUCCCUGAUAUUACUGCACCUCCUACUGCUAAAAAGAAAACCAAGGGUAAAAAGCUCUCUAGUCUCCGUGUACCUUCGGCGUGGGAGAGGGUUGUGAAACAAGAAAACCAAGGGUAA